AUGCUCAAUCGCGUGGAACCAAUGUUCACGCAUGGCAAGCUGAAGACACUGUAUCCGGUGUACGAAGCGAUCGACACCUUUCUGUUCACCCCGGGUGAAUCGACCAAGGCUGGUUCGCACAUUCGCGAUUCGAUCGAUCUGAAGCGAAUGAUGAGCCUUGUGCUUGUGUCGUUGCUGCCGUGUAUCUUUAUGGCGCUAUACAAUACGGGGCGGCAAGCGAAUCUGGCCAUCGCCAGUUCGCCGGACAUUGGACCGCUUCAGAGCUGGCGAACGGAUCUUCUCAGCAACAUCGAUUUUGCCUACAACCCGUCGAACCCGUUGGACAACCUUCUGCUGGGCGCGCUGUAUUUCUUGCCCGUCUAUUUGGUAACGGUCGCCGUCGGGGGUGCGUGGGAGUUUCUCUUCGCGGUCGUGCGAAAGCAUGAGAUCAACGAAGGGUUCCUCGUCACCAGUAUUCUGUUUCCGCUCACUUUGCCCCCCACGAUCCCCCUGUGGCAGGUCGGGGCCGGAAUCACAUUCGGUGUUGUGAUCGGAAAAGAAGUCUUCGGCGGCACCGGCAAGAACAUCUGGAACCCGGCGCUCACCGGCCGUGCCUUCCUAUACUUUGCUUACCCGGCCUACAUGACAGGUAAUACGAUCUGGACGGCCGCCGAUGGAUUCAGCGGUGCGACUCCACUCGGCCUUUUGGCCGACGCGGAAGUUACGCAAAACGUGAGCGUGGUGGGGGUCACCUGGAUGCAGGCAUUCCUGGGAACCAUGCAAGGGUCGAUGGGUGAAACCUCGACGCUGGCCUGCCUUUUCGGGGCGGUCAUUCUCAUUGGUACUGGGAUCGGCUCGUGGCGAAUCAUGAGCGCAGUCGUGACGGGUGCCAUCGCCACUUCGCUGGUGUUCUGGCUCGUACCCCAUAGCGGCGGACCGCUGUUGCACUUGCCCCCUUGGUGGCAUCUUGUUAUUGGCGGGUUUGCCUUCGGCACAGUCUUUAUGGCAACCGACCCUGUCUCUGCUGCGAUGACACACACGGGCCAAUGGCUUUACGGCAUUCUCGUCGGUGUAGUGACCAUCCUUAUUCGCGUGAUCAAUCCUGCGUAUCCCGAGGGAAUCAUGCUGGCGAUCUUGUUCGCUAUGCAGCGUGACAGUGUGCUAGGAACGAUCUUGGUCGCCACGGCGCUUUGCGUUGUGUGCUCGGUGCUUGUUUCGUCUGCCGCAGUUGGAUUGCGUUCGCAGCAGAUUGAGAACAAGCAACUUUUCCGUCAGAAGAACAUCCUGCUUGCGGCCGGGCUGCUUCAAGAUGGAGAAAGCGCCUCGACCGCUAGGAUUAAUGAGCUCUUCGAAAACAUUGAAACGGAAGUGAUCAAUCUCGACACCGGCGAGCCGACCGAUGCGGUCAACGUAGAAACCUACGACCAAGAAGAGGCCGCACGUAAUCCCGAACUUUCCGUACCAACCGAAGGGCUCGACGGCUUUCAGCGGCGUGAAAAAUACAGCCGCGUAUACCUGCUGAAACAAGAUGGAAAGAUUCAGAAGAUCAUCUUGCCUGUCUACGGAAAAGGUCUUUGGUCGACCCUUUACGGCUACCUUGCCCUUGAAAGCGAUAAGAACACGAUCGCCGGCCUGACAUUCUACGAGCAUGGGGAAACGCCGGGGUUGGGUGGAGAAGUCGACAACCCGGUGUGGAAAGCCAAGUGGGUCGGCAAAAAGGUUCGAAAUCCAGAGGAUCAAAUCGUCAUCGAGGUCCUCAAGGGCAAAGUCGAUCCGUCGAGCGACGAUGCCAAGUAUGAAGUCGAUGGCCUGUCGGGCGCCACGAUCACUAGUCGAGGGGUUUGGCAAGUUUUUGGAGCAAUUGUGAUGACGAAGGAAAGCGCGUCCGAAACUCUUUUCGGCCCGAUCUUCAAUAACAAUCCCAUCGCGCUGCAAGUGUUAGGCAUUUGCUCGGCACUCGCGGUCACAACUAAAUUGUCGACCUCGAUCACCAUGUGCAUCGCGGUGAUCAGUGUUCUGGCGCUUUCGAAUGCGGCCGUGAGCCUGAUUCGCACCUUCAUCCCAACCAAUAUCCGCAUCAUCGUGCAGAUGACGAUCAUUGCGACGCUGGUGAUCUGCGUGGAUGAGAUCCUCAAGGCCUACGCUUACGAGAUCAGCACGACCAUGUCGGUCUUCGUGGGCUUGAUUAUCACCAACUGCAUCGUCAUGGGUCGGGCCGAAGCGUUCGCCAUGAAGAACCCGCCGGGAAUCAGCAUGCUCGACGGAAUCGGCAACGGCCUGGGUUACAGCUUCAUUCUGAUCGUGGUUGGUUUCUUCCGCGAGCUGUUCGGUUCGGGUGAGUUGUUAGGCUACAAAGUGCUGCCUGUUUAUCAGGCCGCCACUGCAACGAGCGAAGCCAGCGGUUGGUUUGUGCCCAACGGCCUGAUGCUUUUACCCCCCAGCGCUUUCUUCAUCAUCGCCAUGAGUAUUUGGGCCAUCCGCACCUGGAAGCCCGAACAAGUGGAGAACCUCGCCCUGGCCUACUUCCUGGGCAUGUGCACGUUUCUUGCCGUUUCGAAAGACGUGAAGACGGCCUCCGGUUUGGGCAUUGCCGUUAUCGUCGUGAUGGGGAUCACCAUUCCGGCGAACAAUCUCAUUUAUCAAUACUUGCUGAAGGGCGGACCACAAAGCGUAUUGCGGUUCAUCAACCCUUCCUACACGCAAUACGAUCUGACAUUUCUCGGCCUCAUCAGCUACAUCGGCGUGAUCGCAGCCAUGGUGCAGAUUCUGGAGAUGUUGCUCGAUCGGUUCUUUCCGCCUCUCUACAAUGCCCUGGGAAUUUUUCUACCGCUCAUCACGGUCAACUGUGCAAUUCUCGGUGGUUCGUUGUUCAUGGUGGAACGAGACUACGACUUCCUGCAAAGCGUCAACUAUGGAUUCAGCGCCGGAGUUGGUUGGGCCCUCGCCAUCAUGGCAUUGGCUGGGAUUCGCGAAAAAAUGAAGUACAGCGAUGUGCCGGUCGGCUUGCGUGGGCUGGGGAUUACUUUCAUGGUGGUCGGAUUGAUGGCCAUGGCAUUCAUGUCUUUCGGUGGAAUGUAG